CACCUGAUUUUCAUUAUGAGCAUCCAUUUUCCGCCAUGGACAAAGCAACAAAGCCUAUUCAAGCUAUCAUGUGCUGAUGCAGAGACAUGCAGUCAGUUAUCCAGUGUGGAUAACCCCUUGCCUUCUCUUCAAAAAGCCGAGUCAGAAUUAGGUAGUAGGAAGAUGGCUAUUCCGCGCCUUGCUGAAGGUGCAGAAUCCGCUUUCACAUCUCCCGGCCGGUUCCACCGUCGACAUGUUCGUCGAGCUUGUGAAUCUUGCCGUCAAAGGAAGACAAAAUGCACCGGUGAUAAGUCCGGAUGUCGCAAUUGCCGUGAAGCUGGCAUUAUAUGUUGUUAUACGGAUGGUAAACGAGAAAAGUCAAAACGACAAUUGGCCAGUCUAUCGGCAAAAGUUCAAGCAUACGAGGAUGUAAUCAAGAAGCUGAGCAACCGAUUCGGUGUCUCAGAUGAACAACUUGUCAAUAUUGCCUUGGCAGCGGAGUCGGCCUCCGAGUUAUCAUUGAAUCCCGAUGUAAAUUCCUCUUUGGCCGAAAAGAAAAGUCACAGGCGCUCAGGAUCGGAACCACCGUCUCAACCCUCGUCUGUCGCCACUGUGAACCAAGUCGACCACACAGAGGAAGAUUUCAAUAGAGAUGAAAUUGCACGUGCGACCGGGUACAUUGGGAAGAGUUCAGAGAUUGCUUGGCUGCAAAGGCUGAGCAAAGAGGUGAACCAAAAAUGUGAUGACUGGUCUUCAAAUCUGUCAAAUGCGGACGAAGAUCAUGGCCUUCCAUCCCCUACCUUGACUCCGCAGCCUGAGGAUACCAGUAAUCUACUAGUGGCGUCUUCUAACUACUAUGUUGAUGAUCUGGAUGUUCCUACCACAGAGCAGGUCGAUGCAUAUGGAGUACCCUCGCGCGAAACAGCAACAAAGCUACUCAAUGCUUAUCUCACUUCUGUGCAUCCAUCCUUUCCAAUUAUUGGUAUCUCGACAUUCGUCUCGCAAUUCCAGGUCUUCUUCAGUCAACCCUCCCUGAAGCCAGGAAACAAAUGGCUCGCCAUACUCAACCUAAUCUUUGCCAUUGCAUCUAAAUACGGACAGCUGACCAGCGCAGAUUGUAAGGAAGAUGAGAAUACCCAUCAGCUGUAUUUUUCACGGGCCAGAGCUCUCAGCUUAGAGGAUCAGCUCUUCCAUCAUCCGGAUCUACAACAGCUUCAAGUUGAAGGACUUGCGUGUUUCUAUAUGCUUGCAUCUGGACAUGUCAACCGAGCUUGGAAACUGUGUGGAAGUGCUGUUCGAGGGGCAUUGGCCCUGGGACUACAUCUUCGCAAUGUCGGGGAAUGCACUUCAGACACUUCGAAGGAGAUCCGGUACCGUGUGUGGUGGUCGCUUUACACCACCGAACAUCUCCUCACUGUUAUAACCGGCCGGCCGUCUUGUAUCAUCGAUAGCUCCUGUACAACACCACUCCCUGUUCCAUUCGAUGAAAGCGAUUUUCAGAAGAAGGAAGUGGCACAGAUAAUCAGCACUUCCAGACGCGGAACAUCCAGUCCUCUGGAUCAGGUCCCAGUUGGUGGUAAUUCUACGAGUCUUGAUUCAUCCACAGAGCCUGAUAAUAACGACAUCUCCGUGGAAUGCGAUUCAAAGAUUAGCCAGGCAGAAUACUUGAAGAGCCUACCGCCAUGCAUGUCGCUGUACUUUCUGCAACUGACAUCCAUGGCAACUAUCGCCAAACGGAUGACUAUCAAGCUGUAUAGUCCCGAAUCACUACAGUCACCAUGGGCCAGUACUGAGUUCGCUAUCCAAAGCCUCAUGCUCGAGAUUGACUCGUGGUUCAUGAACUUGCCGUCCGCCUAUGAUUUCACGUCAACACAGACAUCCCAAUGCCCUCUGGGUCAGCGGAUGGGCCUCGCAUUUUUCUUCUAUAGUACUAAAAUAGGCAUUACUCGUCCAUGUCUCUGUCGACUUGAUCCAUCGGCACUUGAGGAUGACAAAACACAUGAAUUCUGCAGCAAGACUGGAGCAGAGUGCGUCGAAUCUGCGUGCCACAUGUUGACACUAUUCCCGGACAAUCCAGAUGCAGCGCUACUGAACCGGAUCUCUCCGUGGUGGUGCUCUCUCCACUACCUCAUGCAAGCGACGACAGUACUCUUACUUGAGCUUUCGUUCCAUUCUCAGCAUGUUCCUGAAAAAGCGAAUAUGGUUUCUAAGGCUGCCAGGAAGGCUCUCGACUGGUUGCUGACACUCUCCAAGGCAAGCAUGGCAUCAGAGAGGGCACAUAAACUUUGCGAUGGAUUCUUGCGUCAACUGGCCCCCCAUGUGGGGAUUGACGUUAAUGAGCUCUCUAAUAACGAGGAAUCAUCUACAGCAUCUCUCUUUGACGGUGCUGAUACGGUCAAUUCUGCUACGAUGGGGGAUGAUCUGACGGUGGAUGAUAUAUCAUUCGAUCCUUCAGCGGUUUUGCCGACCGACUCUCCGGCUGUGGUUGACACCAUUGCUGCAGAUAUGGACUCUAUCACAGGGUCUCCGCUGAAGCAAUCCGGAAGUCCUCUUGAGUUGUCCAUGUCAGGUGAUCUUGAUCCUCCCGACCUACUGGAUUCUUUCAUGAAACCAGAUAAAUCACUGUCUGGGAAGAGCUCUUAUGAUGAAUAUUUUCCAUGUGAUCCAGCAACCGGUCAGAUUACUGGAUCCUUCUUCCCAUCAGGACCGAAUUUAGAUCUUGACAUGGGUUACUUCUGGGGUGACCCUGUAUGCUGA